CAAGAGUCCUUUCCAUGACAAUGUUGCCAUAGCAGCAAUGCCGAGCAAUACACAAUCUGUGUUUGGGUUCACUGGACCUGCUGAGGUUGAGGAUAAAGUAUGAAACACACACUCGCCACUGGACAGGGAAAUUUAUCAGUUUUCUCAAAGCAAUGCCAAGUGAUGAGCUUUGGGUUGGACCUUGGAAGCCUCACAGACCAAGGGGGCCUAUAGCUGCUCUCUAUGGGAGCCCAGGGCCCAAAUAUUCCCUUCCUGGGCUUAUAGGUGCUUCUCAGCAUGAUCCUACCAAAUGUAAGGCGCCAAUGUUCUCCUUUGGUGCUCGUCAUGAGGAAGCGAAUACAAACUGCUCUCCUGGUCCAAGAUAUCUGAUCCCCUCCAACAUGACCAUGAAGGGCAGAAGUAAAAUGCCUGCAUUUUCUCUUCUCGGCCGACCGAAGCAGCUUCAAAUGUCCCAUGUGCCAGGACCAGGCCAAUAUUCCCCAGAACGUUCUGGAAAGAUGACCAUCCGUUCAGCUCCUGCUUAUUCCCUGUAUGGGAGGAGAAGAGAUCGCAUUAACACCUUAUCGCCAGGUCCAGCCACCUACACUCUGCCCCCCAUGCUGGGCUGUAAAACUUGCAGCGCACCUUCAGCACCCAACUAUACACUUCAAGGCCGCGGUAAAACUGGAAGUUUCCACGAAGACUCUAACAAGACUCCGUCUCCGGGCCCUGCUGCCUAUAAAGUUGUGGACCCCUCUAUAUAUAGGCAGAAACCUCCACAGUACAGUAUAAAGGGACGCAACUUUGCUCCUGAGGAAAACACAAGAAAACCAGGCCCAGGAGCACACUAUCCUGAGCAUGUCACCUUUACAAGAGCAAAAGCCCCCAGUUUCACCUUUGGACUCCGCCAUUCACAAUACAUUGCGCCCCUCAUUAUAAACGUAGAUGAAUGAAGGAAGAAAGCUGGCUUUAUACAAAAGAAAAAAAAAAUCACAAUUAUUGAGAUCAUGUUUGAUCAUAUUUGCCCUGUCCUGCUGUUCAUACAAA